AUGUCGACUUACAUUGCAACACGAUCCGAACACAAGAUGCGUGUGUUUAGCCCAGUGAUCCUUUUCCAUGACCAUCAAUAUGUCAAGGAGAGCACGGGUGGUCUUGAGCAUGUUCACAUUCCAUACGGCGAUCCUUAUUAUGGCCAACUUAUUGCCACUCACAAGAGACGUAUUCAUGAGAUGCUUGAGCAUAAUGGUCGAGUCUGGGCUGAUAUUCGAGAUAAUGUAGAAGUACGGCCUACAUCGCCGAUACCAUCAUUGGCAUCUUCUCCGACACCACCAUUACAUCCAUAUGAUGAGCCAUCAUCUCCCACGUUAUCCAUCACUACUAGUACUACUACUACGCAUCAUCGCCGUUAUCAUCCUUAUCACCAUCAUCGACCCUCCUCAAAACCUUCUUCUCGUCGAUUCUCAUCUUGCUCUUUCAAUGCACAACACACCGCUGGCUCGGUUAAUGGUGCUGACAACACAUCUGUAUCAUCCUCCUCAUCUAUACCAUCAUCACCACCUUCACCUCCUCCUGCCACGGUUACCGAUUAUGCUCGCAGAGCGAAGCAAUCACCAGGACCUGUUACUAAGCGACGUCGUGGAAAUCUUCCCAAAGCCGUUACUGCCAUAUUACGUGAUUGGCUUUCCAGGCAUAAGAAGCACCCUUAUCCAACCGAAGACGAGAAGCUGGCUCUCGCACAACAAACCAAUCUCACGCUUAACCAGAUUAGCAAUUGGUUUAUCAAUGCUCGACGACGUAUUCUUCAACCCAUGCUACAAAAAGAGCACCAGGAUCGAAUGCUAGGCCAUUUACAACAACAUCCUGGCGAAGAGGAUGAUGACGAUGAAGAUGUCUCUCCUACUACUACUACAAGCCUGGGUAUCUUAUCUUAUGAUAACAUGCGUCGCGGUCGUAAGAGAUCCACCUCAUCAGAACGAUAUCCACGGCGCACAGGCCAUGGCACAACAUUGCGCCGCAGAUGA